GCAAAAUACAUCUCCCAGUGCAUUGAUGAGAUCAAGCAGGAGCUGAAGCAGGAUAACAUUGCAGUGAAAGCAAACGCAGUCUGCAAACUUACAUAUUUGCAGAUGCUGGGUUAUGACAUCAGUUGGGCUGCUUUCAAUAUUAUUGAAGUCAUGAGUGCAUCGAAGUUUACAUUCAAAAGAAUUGGUUACCUAGCUGCCUCUCAGUGCUUUCAUGAAGGGACUGAUGUAAUUAUGUUGACUACUAAUCAGAUCCGAAAGGAUCUGAGUAGCCCUAACCAAUAUGAUACUGGAGUUGCACUGACUGGCUUGUCCUGUUUUGUUACUCCAGAUCUUGCCAGGGACUUGGCAAAUGACAUCAUGACACUGAUGUCUCAUACAAAGCCUUAUAUCAGGAAGAAGGCAGUGUUAAUCAUGUACAAAGUUUUUUUGAAAUACCCAGAGUCCCUCCGUCCCGCAUUUCCUCGCCUUAAAGAGAAACUUGAAGAUCCAGAUCCCGGUGUGCAGUCUGCUGCAGUAAAUGUUAUUUGUGAGCUGGCUCGACGCAAUCCCAAAAACUACCUUUCCCUUGCUCCACUCUUUUUCAAGUUGAUGACGUCAUCAACCAAUAAUUGGGUUCUCAUUAAAAUUAUAAAACUGUUUGGUGCUCUUACUCCAUUAGAACCUAGGCUUGGAAAGAAACUGAUUGAGCCUCUGACCAACCUCAUCCAUAGCACCUCAGCCAUGUCUCUCUUAUAUGAAUGUGUGAACACAGUAAUAGCAGUUUUGAUCUCUCUGUCCUCUGGGAUGCCUAAUCACAGCGCUAGCAUCCAGCUUUGUGUUCAGAAGUUAAGGAUAUUGAUAGAAGAUUCUGACCAGAACUUGAAAUACCUGGGACUGUUAGCUAUGUCCAAAAUCCUGAAAACGCAUCCUAAAUCAGUUCAGUCUCACAAGGAUCUCAUUCUCCAAUGUUUGGAUGACAAAGAUGAGUCUAUCCGACUCAGAGCUUUAGAUCUCCUAUAUGGCAUGGUAUCGAAGAAGAACUUGAUGGAGAUAGUGAAGAAACUGAUGAUUCACGUGGAUAAAGCAGAAGGGACGACGUACCGGGAUGAGCUGCUGACCAAAAUCAUAGAUAUUUGUAGUCAGUCCAAUUACCAAUAUAUCACAAACUUUGAAUGGUACAUAAGCAUCUUGGUGGAGCUGACCCGGUUGGAAGGCACGCGACAUGGGCAUCUUAUAGCAGCUCAGAUGUUAGAUGUAGCUAUCAGAGUUAAAGCUAUUCGUAAAUUUGCAGUUUCUCAAAUGGCCAUGCUUCUGGACAAUGCUCAUCUCAUAGCCAGCAACACCCAGAGAAAUGGGAUCUGUGAGGUGCUUUAUGCUGCUGCUUGGAUAUGUGGGGAGUUCUCUGAACACCUGGAGGAAGCAAACCAAACUUUAGAAGCAAUGUUGAGGCCUAAAGUUACAACUCUACCAGGCCACAUCCAGGCAGUUUAUGUCCAGAACAUGGUGAAGCUCUAUGCAUCCAUCCUACAGCAGAAAGAGCAAUCUGGGGAAAAGGAAGCAGCUCAGGAAAUUACACAGCUGAUGAUUGAGCGUUUGCCUCAGUUUGUACAGAGUGCAGAUCUAGAAGUUCAGGAGAGGGCUUCUUGCAUCUUGCAAUUAAUAAAAUAUAUUCAGAAGCUACAAAUAAAAGAAGUACCUGUAGCUGAGGAAGUAAUAGCCCUGUUUGCUGGUGAGCUGAACCCCGUGGCUCCUAAAGCACAGAAGAAAGUACCAGUUCCAGAGGGCUUGGACCUUGAUGCCUGGAUCAAUGAACCUCCAUCAGACAGUGAGUCUGAAGAUGAAAAGCCCAAAACAAUUUUUCAUGAUGAGGAACAAAGGCAUUCCAGACAUAGACAGCCAGAAAUAGAUGAAGAGGAACUGGCCAGACGUCGAGAAGCCCGGAAACAAGAACAGGCAAACAACCCAUUUUAUAUUAAAAGCUCUCCUUCCCCGCAGAAGAGAUACCAAGAUACUCCAGGUGUGGAACAUAUACCUGUGGUCCAGAUUGACCUUUCUGUCCCCUUAAAAGUUCCAGCCUGAAACUGAAUGCCGAUGUCUGACCAGUAUGUGAAACUGGAAGAAGAGCGAAGACAUAAACAGAAACUGGAGAAAGACAAGAAAAAGAAAAAACAGAAAAAGGAGAAGAGAGGUAAACAUCAUCGCCAUAACUCUCUGCACACGGAGAGUGAGGAGGAUAUUGCUCCAGCUCACCAUGUCGAUAUCAUAACAGAAGAGAUGCCAGAGAAUGCUCUGCCCAGUGAUGAAGAUGACAAAGAUCCCAAUGAUCCAUAUAAGGCACUUGAUAUAGAUCUGGAUAAACCCUUAGCAGACAAUGAGAAGCUGCCAGUGCAGAGACACAGAAAUGUUGAGACCCUGAAGUCACCAGACUCAGAAGCUCCCCUAGCAGAGAAGAAGAGCAAGAAACCCAAAAAGAAGGAAAAGAAACACAAAGAAAAAGAGAGGGAGAAAGGCAAAAAGAAAGAGAAAGAGAAAAAGGUAGUGGAGGAGGAAGAAGAAAAAAAGGGAGAAGACUUGGAUUUCUGGCUCUCCACUGCUCCACCGCCUGCUUCCACUACCCAGCCACAGAGUGAGCCUGAAGUGGGUGCUGCUCUUGUGGCUGAACCUCAAGAGGUAAAGAAGGAAGAAAGGGAAGAGCGAGAUGAUGAGGAGGAGGAGGAUGGAAAGAAAUCCUCCAAGCAUAAGAAGAAAAAGCACAAGAAAGAGAAAGAAGAGAAAUCAAAGGAUAAAAAGAAAUCCAAAAAGAAGAGUCAUCACAGCGAGGAGGAGACAACAGAGUCGGUGCAGAAUGGAACACUAGAUGAUGAACCACUACCACCUAUGUCCAGUUACCGCCUUCUUGCUGAAAAUCCAUACAUUAAAAUGACAUAUGAUAUUCAAGGAAACCUCCAGAAUGAUAGCCAAGUUACUGUCUCUGUUAUCUUUGAGAACAAAAGCACUAGCUUCCUUAAGAGCAUGGAACUAAAUGUCCUGGACUCUCUCAACACUAAAAUGCUCCGACCAGAAGGAUCAUCAGUACACGAUGGGAUACCUGUGCCCUUCCAGCUACCCCCUGGAAUCUCUAAUGAAGCCCAGUUUGUGUUUACACUUCAGAGUAUUGUUAUGGCUCAGAAGUUAAAAGGAACACUGUCCUUUAUAGUCAAAAAUGAUGAAGGUUCAACCCAUGAAAAACUAGAUUUCAAAUUGCACUUCAGUUGCGCUUCAUACUUGAUCACGACGCCUUGCUAUAGUGAUGCUUUUGCCAAGCUCCUAGAGUCUGGAGAUCUGCACAUGAGUUCUAUUAAAGUAGAUGGAAUUAGCAUUUCUUUCCAACAUCUACUGGCAAAGAUCUGUUUUCAUCAUCAUUUUUCAGUUGUGGAACGCGUUGAUUCGUGUGCAUCAAUGUACAGUCGCUCUAUCCAAGGCCAUCACGUCUGCCUACUGGUAAAAAAGGGAGAGAACUCUGUAUCCAUAGAUGGGAAAUGUAAUGAUUCCACCCUGCUUAGCAACUUGUUGGAUGAGAUGAAAGAGACAUUGUCCAAGUGCUGAAUAUUCCUUACAAAAUAUUCCAACUACAAGAAACACACCUAAUGUGUAAAGAUGAGCAGACCCAAGUGUUAAGUUUCUCCCUCGUACGCAUGUACUAUCCUGGGGCACGUGCUUUUCAGUUAACUCCACCAUUGUUUGCAGUUUAGACAUUUUAAGGCUGUAUGUUACCUUUUUAUUUCAAAAGUUUUUACAAACUGUGGUGUUAACCCUUUCUAGCCCAAAGAGAUCCUGGUGACAAGACUGGAGGAGGGAGGGAGGGAGGGGCAGCGCUAUUUAUUCAGCAGCUCACG